AUGUCGAAUCCAAAUGACUAUGCCGUCGGAUGGAUCUGUGGAAUUGGUACCGACUAUGUUGCUGCACGAUCGUUCCUAGAUGAGGUUCAUCCCGCGCCUCGCUCUGUAGAUGAACACGACGGUAAUCGUUACACUCUGGGGAAAAUAGCCGGGCAUUUUGUUGUGCUCGCGGUCUCGCCUGAUGUUGAAUAUGGGAGUACCUCUGCUGCGCGUGUGGCUGAAGAUAUGCUAAAUACGUUUCCCAACAUCAAAAUUGGGUUGUUGGUUGGUAUCGGCGGUGGUGCACCAAGCCAGAGCAACGAUAUCCGCCUUGGUGAUGUCGUCGUCGGCUCUCCCCAGGACAGCAACGGCGGUGUUGUGUAUUUUGAAAAUGAACAAAGCAUCCAAGACCGGGCCCUCCGACUCACCGGCCGCUUGAACGACCCGCCGAUGAUCCUGCAGACAGCUUUGCAUAGGCUGGACGCCGCAAGGGGCGAUGGCGAGAGCUAUAAACUUGAGCAGGCCAUUGACGAUGCCCUCAAGAAGAAGCCAGCCAGGCUCCAAGAAAACUACCUACGUCCAAGUCCAAGCCGGGAUCAGCUAUACCGAAGCCAGGUCAUUUAUCCGUUAGAUGAUAAUCACAAAUGCCCAGAGAUAUUCAGCGAUCACCCAUCACAUCUUGUAAGGAGGGCGAGUCGGUCUGGAAGCCAAGAAGGAAUCGCUGUGCAUUACGGCCUAAUCGCAUCGGCAGAGAGUGUAAUGAAGGAUGCAGCAGCUCGCGACAAGUUUGCCGACGAAACGGGAGUGCUAUGUUUCGAGACGGGAGUUACGGGCAUGCCGAGCCGUUUCCCUUGCCUAGCUAUCCGUGGCAUAUGCGACUACUCAGAUAGCCACGGAAACAAGGAGUGGCGAGGCUAUGCCGCCAUGGCUGCUGCUGCUUUCACAAAGGAUCUCCUACGCCAAUUCACCCCAAAUGAGAUCGAAGAGGAGCCAAAAAUCCUUGAACUGGGUCUCUUUAAGAUGGCCGAUGGACAAGAAGACACCGUAAUGGGUGGUACAGAGACUGAAGAAGGCAUUUUGACGCCCAAAUUAUCUGAAAAAGACGAGCAAUGUCUUCAAUUACUCGGCCCCGCGACCAACAGCACCGAUAGUUCCUACCAUUGGCAUAAGAACUGGGUAGGCCAAGCGGCCGCAAACACUUGCCGGUGGUUGCUUAAGCAUGAAGAAUUUGACAAAUGGCUGAGACAGACGUCUGGCCCGCUGCUCAUCACAGGGAACCCCGGCUCAGGAAAAUCCGUGCUGGCUAAAUACCUGAUAGACUGGGGCCUACCUCAAUCACCAACAGAAACAAUUUGCUAUUUCUUCUUCAAUAGCCAGGACCAGAAAACGUUGAAGCAGGCACUUCGUGCCGUGCUCCAUCAGCUUUUCCUCAAAAAGCCAUGCUUGAUACAGCAUGCUGUUAAAGUCCUUCAAGAGAGCGGCACAUUUUUUGCCAACUCGACUUCAUCGCUAUGGAAUCUCCUCCGCGCUGUUACAAGCGACCCCCAAGCGGGAUCUGUCAUCAUAGUCUUUGAUGCUCUGAAUGAUUGCGAUGCAUUAGAUUUCGAGGACUUAGUGGAAGAAAUCCAAGUCCAGUUUCGGGACAAGCAAUCGGGAGGCAAACAAUUGAAAUACCUUCUUAUGAGUCGUCCAUCUGAUAGCGUCAUGCCGUAUGUCGAAAGGGCGACAUCAAAACACGCCCAUAUAUCUCUAGAGACGGAACAUGAUGCAAUCCACCAAGAGCUAGAUUCUUUGAUUUCACUCCAAGUUGAUAAGCUAUCGGAUAAAAAGAUGCUUUCGGGCGAAACGAAAAAUUCCAUCAAAGAAAGAGUCACUUCCAAUGAGAACAAAACCUACCUGUGGAUAGAUCUCAUUUUUGACUAUCUGGCAACCGAAGACUUCGAUGAACCAUCUAGCAGCAGCCAUUCCUCGCUAGCAAUCCUUCCUAAAACUGUCGAGGAAGUCUACGAGAAGGUUCUGCACAGGUCGAAGGAAUCCAAAAUAGUACAGAAAGCUCUGAGCAUUGUUCUAGCCUCAGACCAGUUGAUGUCGGUCUCAGAGAUGAACGUCGCAUUGAACAUGGGCUAUGAAGUGAAAUCGAUUUGCGACCUCAUCUUGGAAACCGAGGGCGAGUUCAAGUCAAACCUCCUCUCUCUAGCAGGGCUAUUUCUUACCAUUCGCCAUAACAAGGUUUCUUUUCGCCACAAAACUGCUCGCGAGUUUCUUGUCAGGGGCAAGGAGUCAUCCCCGUCGACUGAAGGUGAGCCUGUCCGGUAUCGUUCAAUUUCUCUGCCUCACGAAAAUGAGACCAUGGCAGAGAUAUGCGUACAAUACCUAAACUUGUUGCCUUUUGGUGAGGGGGCCGAUAUACCAGCCAGACUUGCCUUACUGGAUUACUCGGCUAGAAACUGGCUCAAAUUCUUCCGCCGGGCUAAGAUACCGGAUGGCCACCCCAUUCUACCACUAGCAGCCAGGCUCUGUGACUCAAGCUUGGAGCUCUUUCCCAUUUGGCUCAAAGUGAGCCAGGAGAGGGGUAUACUCAGGACCAUGACAAAUGCAACGGGUCUCCUUGUGGCAUCUCACUUGGGCCUGGCCCCAGUUGUGAAGUUGUUUCUCGACCAGCCGCAUGAUAUCGAAGAACGAGAUAAGCACUACAAUCUCACGCCGCUUCAGUGGGCAGCUUCAUCUGACAGCCACGACACCGUCAAAUUGUUGAUCGAGAAGGGAGCUAACCUUGAGGCCAAGAACAAUUCCAAGGAAACAGCACUAGCUUUGGCUGCCAGACAUGGGCGCACGGGCAUCGCGAAACUGCUGCUCGAAAAGGGCGCAUGCUUCGACGUUGAGGAUAAAGGAAGCAUGUCUCCGCUUCUGAUUGCGGCCAUGAACAGGCAUACCGAGAUCGCCAGGCAUUUACUUGACCUGGGGGCUAAACUCGGGGACAAAGAUAUGCAGAAAUCAUUAUGCCGGGCGGCGGAGUUUGGACCAACGUCCAUGGUAGAAUUACUGCUUGAAAGAGGUGGCGACAUCGAAACAAAGAACAAAGAGGGCUGCUCUUUGUUAAUUUUGGCAGCGAAAAAUGGGCAUGAGGAUACUGUGAAGUUUCUUGUGGAGAAGUCUGCCAAGAUUGAGGAAACAGACGAGCUAGGCAGGACCGCUUUAUCAUGGGCUGCGGAAGAUGGAAACCUCGAGACGGUUGAAUAUCUCCUCGAAAAAGGCGCUGACUCUGGUUCGGCCGAUCUUGGUGGCGGGACGGCUCUGUUGUGGGCUGCCGGCAAAGGACGUGUAGAUGCUAUGAAGUGUCUUUUCGAGAAAUCCUCCGCUGUGAUCAAUUCUACAGCUCACGGUGGGCAAAAUGCUUUUUUGUUGGCUGCUUCAGCUGGCCAGGUAAAGUCCAUGGAGUAUCUGCUUGGCAUUUCUAAUGACAUGCUAGGCUCGGUGGAUGUGCUGGGAAGGAAUGCUCUAUUGUUUGCUGCCAUGGGCGGCCAUGUCGACGCUGUGAAAUACUUGUUGGAACAAGCCGAUACUCUGGUUGGCUCAAUUGACAACAGUGGAAGAAAUGCCCUAUCGUGGGCGGCCGAGAAUGGGCAAAAGGACCUCAUACAACAUCUUCUUGAGAAAGACGUCAACGUUGAGUCUGCAGAUUUGGCUGGAAGGUCUGCUCUAUCGUGGGCAGCCGAGGCUGGACAGAUCGAUAUUGUUGAAUAUCUUCUUGAGAAGGGUGCUGAAGCCAAGUCUGUAGAUAGCAGUGGUCGGACGGCCCUAUCAUGGGCGGCUGGGAGAGGACGCACAUCUACACUCAUCUACCUCGUCAGCAUGGGUCUCUCAAUCGGUGCGACGGACAAUGAUGGCCGGACGGCUCUUUCAUGGGCUUCGGGGAAUGGCUAUGAAAGCACUGUUAAAUAUAUCCUCGGCAGGGGCGAGAAGAUUGAUUCGACUGAUAAUACAGGCCGGACUGUCCUUUCCUGGGCCGCCGCAAGUGGACACGAAAGCCUCGUCAGCUAUCUUCUCGGCAAAGGUGCUGAGGCUGACUCCGCAGAUGGAGCCGGGCGGACAGUUCUGUCAUGGGCUGCAGGUCACGGACAUACCAAUGUUGUCAAAAUGCUUCAGGCAGCUGGAGCCAACAUUAAUUCGGUAGACCAGCGCGGCUGGACGCCGUUGUGGUAUGCCGUGGCGGGAGGACACGAAGAUGCUGUUGUUCAUCUCACGAUGGAUGGCUCCGAUAUCAAAUGGUUAGAUCAAGAGGGCCAGUCGCUUCUGAAACAGGCGCUUUUGGGAUGCAGUGAGGGUGUCGCGCAGCAACUCCUUCGAAAGGGGGCCAGCGUUGACACUCUGUCCAAGCCUGGCCGUAGUCUGCUCUCUGAGGCUUCUGAAGAGGGGAAUGCGGACAUUGUCCGCUUUCUAUUGGAAAAUGGAGCGAAUAUGGAAUUCAAGGAUCAAAGUGGCAGGACACCUUUGUCUCUAGCUUCAGGAGGAGGACGUCAAGACGUUGUUCAGCUCCUUCUCACAAAGGGUGCCAAUACAGAGCUGGCAGAUCACCAGGGCCGGACGCCAUUAUCAUGGGCCUGUUGGAAGGGGCACCAACCGGUCGUGCAACUACUAGUUGACAGCGGCGCCGACAAAGAUGCAUCUGAUGACCAGGGCCGAACUGCUCUAUGGUAUGCCGAAUUCAGUAGUUUUGGUGAGGAAGGACCAAUUGCAAGAAUACUUCGAGAUGGUGCCAAUGGUAUAUAG